CACGCGCAGACGCAUUCAUUACAGCUCCAUCCGAGGAUGCUGGAGAGCAACUGUAUGAUGCCCACCCACAAGGCUAUGCGCACCGUGCCUGUGGAAUCCAUGAUGGCAAGUUGGAGCUUAGUCGCUGCUGCUGUCCAGCCGAGGGGGCUGUGGCUGUUGUUCUUCUGACCUGCCCCGCCAUGAGCAACACCAGCGCGGCUCCUUGCCGCUUCGCCGACUACUUUGUCAUCAGUGGGUUGGACACGGAGAGCGGACUUGAGCCCGACGAACUGUCCGCUUUAUGCCAGUACAUACAGGCUUCUAAGGCUCGAGAUGGCGUUGGCCGUUUUAUUUCCAGUACAGCUGAAGGGGAGAAUUUUGAGCAGAGUCCACUGAGAAGAACCUUUAAGUCCAGAGUUCUUGCUCAUUUCCCCGAAAAUGUGGAGUGGAAUCCUUUUGAUCAGGAUGCUGUGGGAAUGCUUUGUAUGCCAAAAGGGCUUUCCUUUAGAACACAAGCUGACUCCAGGGAUCCUCAGUUCCAUUCUUUUAUCAUCACACGUGAAGAUGGUUCCCGGACGUUUGGAUUUGCAUACACAUUUUAUGAAGAGGUUACAAGCAAACAGAUCUGUACUGCAAUGCAGACGCUGUAUCACAUGCAUAAUGCUGAACAGUAUGACAUUCUCCAUACUACUUCUACAAACUGUAAAGAAGAAAACUCCAGCUUGGGAGACUGCCCUGCUUCCAUAUCAAAAUUACAGCGGUUUAAUUCAUAUGAUAUUAGCAGGGACACAUUGUACGUCUCCAAGUGCAUUUGUCUUAUAACUCCAAUGUCUUUUGUGCAAGCCUGUAAGAAAGUUCUUGAACAACUCCAUCAAGCUGUAACCUCACCUCAGCCACCUCCACUGCCCUUGGAAAGUUACAUUUACAAUAUCCUUUAUGAGGUUCCCCUUCCACCAGCUGGAAGAUCUUUAAAGUUCUCAGGAGUGUAUGGACCAGUUGUUUGUCAAAGGCCAAGCACCUCUGAGCUUCCACUUUUUGACUUUCCAAUUAAAGAAGUGAUUGAGUUAUUAGGCCUAGAAAAUGUCGUGCAGUUGUUUACGUGUGCACUGCUGGAAUUUCAGAUACUGCUUUAUUCACAACAUUACCAGCGAUUAAUGACCGUGGCAGAGACCAUCACAGCACUCAUGUUCCCAUUUCAGUGGCAGCAUGUUUAUGUCCCCAUUCUCCCAGCCUCUCUCCUUCAUUUCCUGGAUGCUCCUGUUCCUUACCUCAUGGGGUUGCACUCCAAUGGGCAGGAUGACCGGUCCAAACUUGAACUGCCACAGGAGGCAAACCUCUGUUUUGUGGAUAUUGACAACCAUUUCAUUGAAUUGCCCGAGGACUUACCUCAGUUUCCAAAUAAACUAGAAUUCAUUCAGGAGAUUUCUGAGGUCCUAAUGGCUUUUGGAAUUCCGCCAGAGGGAAACCUACACUGCAGUGAAAGUGCCUCUAAACUGAAGAGUCUCAGGUUAAGUGACGUUGCAUCUGAUAAAAGAAAUGGGAACAUUGCAGGUUCUCCUUUGAACUCUUACGAACUGCUAAAAGAGAAUGAAACAAUAGCACGACUUCAGGCUCUUGUGAAAAGGACUGGUGUUACUUUAGAAAAGCUGGAAGUGAAGGAGGAAGCCAGCAAUAAUAAAAAUGUUAAGGUGCAUUGUGAUGAGGAGGAAAUGAAAAUGCACCAGCUCAAUAUUCAAGUCCGUGAAGUCUUUGUGAACCGCUUUAUUCAGAUGUUCGCAGACUAUGAAGUGUUUGUUAUUCAGCCAAGUCAGGACAAGGAGUCCUGGUUCACCAACAGGGAGCAGAUGCAGAACUUUGACAAAGCCUCUUUUCUGUCUGAUCAGCCUGAACCUUACUUGCCUUUCCUCUCAAGGUUCCUGGAGACACAGAUGUUUGCUUCAUUUAUUGACAUGAAAAUCAUGUGCCAUGAUGAAGAGAAGGAUCCUGUUCUAAGGGUAUUUGAUUCCAGAGUAGAAAAAAUUAGAAUGCUGAAUGUGAGGACUCCAACCCUACGAACGUCAAUGUAUCAAAAGUGCACUACCGUCGAAGAAGCUGGUACACUGAUUAAAAAGAGGUUUGAACAUUUUGAUUUGUUAGCCCCAGUACCUCAUGCCAUUGGACGUGAUAACUAUAAAGAUCAUCUCAAGAAGGCCAUUGAGUUGAGGCUGUCGAAGAUAGAUCAUACAGCCAUCCACCCUCACUUGCUAGAUAUGAAGAUUGGUCAGGGAAAGUAUGAACCUGGAUUUUUUCCUAAACUGCAGUCCGAUGUGCUAUCUACUGGACCAGCUAGCAACAAGUGGACAAAGAGAAAUGUGCCAGCACACUGGCGACGAAGGGACAAGCAAAAGCAGCACACUGAGCACUUGAGGCUCGACAAUGACCAGAGAGAGAAAUACAUACAAGAAGCACGAAGUCUAGGUAGUACCAUUAGACAGCCAAAGCUUUCUAACCUGUCUCCAUCAGUAAUAGCCCAGACAAACUGGAAAUUUGUUGAAGGACUGCUAAAGGAGUGUCGAAACAAGACUAAAAGGAUGCUGGUGGAAAAGAUGGGUCGAGAGGCAGUAGAACUAGGUCAUGGUGAGGUCAACAUAACAGGUGUUGAAGAGAAUACCUUAAUUGCUAGCUUAUGUGAUCUCUUGGAGAGGAUUUGGAGUCAUGGCCUUCUAGUUAAGCAGGGCAAAUCUGCUUUGUGGUCUCACUUGCUGCAUUAUCAAGAAAAGAUUGAGAAGAAGGAAAUCACAGAAGGUGACCUGAGCAUUCCAGGACUGAUCCAUGAUUCAGAACGAAGAAGGUCUGACACUAGCCCUGUAAUGCUGCCCCUCAAGGUUUCUCUUAUUCAGGACAUGAGGCAUAUCCAGAAUAUUGGUGAAAUUAAAACAGAUGUGGGCAAAGCAAGGGCUUGGGUACGUUUAUCCAUGGAGAAAAAGCUACUUUCAAGGCAUUUGAAGCAACUGUUAUCUGAUCAGCCCCUCACAAAGACAUUAUAUAAGAGAUAUGCCUUUCUUCGAUGUGAUGACGAAAAGGAGCAGUUUCUUUACCAUCUUCUCUCAUUUAAUGCUGUUGAUUACUUCUGCUUUACAAAUGUUUUCACAACAAUUAUGAUCCCUUACAAUGUGCUGAUUGUAGCCAGUAAGAAGUUUGGUGGUUCCAUGUUUACGGCAAAUCCUUGGAUCUGCAUCUCAGGAGAACUGGGAGAAACAGGGAUACUACAGAUACCCAGAAACACUUUGGAGAUGACCUUUGAGUGCCAGAACUUGGGAAAGCUUACUACAGUACAGUUGGGGCAUGAUAACUCUGGACUGUAUGCAAAGUGGCUGGUAGAAUGUGUAAUGGUCAGAAAUGAAAUAACUGGACACGCUUACAAGUUUCCAUGUGGUAGGUGGCUUGGAAAAGGAGUGGAUGAUGGGAGCUUAGAACGGAUCUUAGUUGGAGAGCUUGCAAGUUACAGUGCAGAAGUGGAUGAACGACCAUGCAGGACACCACCAAUGCAACAGUCCCCUAGCAUGAUCAGGCGAUUAGUAACUAUCUCACCAAACAGUAGACCAAAGUUAAACACAGGCCAGAUACAAGAGAGUGUUGGAGAAGCCAUCAAUGGAAUUGUGAAGCACUUUCAUAAGCCUGAAAAGGAGAGAGGUAGCCUAACAUUGCUAUUAUGUGGGGAAUGCGGACUGGUUUCAGCUUUGGAACAGGUAUUUCAGCAUGGGUUCAGGUCCCCUCGACUCUUCAAAAACAUGUUCAUCUGGGACUAUCUAGAGAAGGUACAGAUGUAUUAUGAAAGCCUUGAUCAGACUGAAAUAGCCCAAGAAGAAAAUUGGCAGACAAGAGCAAGAGACUUCUGUCGAUUUCUCAGCGCUGUUAACGGCAGUCCAAGGAACAUUGGAAAAGAUGGGAAGUUUCAGCUGCUGGUCUGUUUGGGAGCAAGGGACCAUUUGUUGCAUCACUGGAUUGCCCUUCUGGCUGAUUGUCCAAUCACUUCACAAAUGUACGAUGAUACAGCCCUGAUAAAGGACCAUACACUUGUCAAUUCCCUUAUCCGAGUACUACAGACUUUGCAGGAGUUUAACAUUACACUGGAGACUUCUAUUGUAAAAGGAAUUGACAUUUAACCUGUCUUAAAAGGAUCAGAGAGCAGCACAGAAAAAGAUUUUGCUAUAAAUUGAUCUAUUUCCAUGUUUUGGUUUUGUAAACUUCUUUAAAGGAGAGUACUUUAAAAGGAAUGGGAUACCAAGAUUUAUACAGUCAUCGGGAUAUACUGCAACAGAGUCACCUGUUCUUUUCCACACUUUCUUCCUGAAAGGAGCCUUGGUAGCUUUGUAUGGCUUAUUUUAAGCUACAGGAUUGCCACAGAGUGUGAACUGAGCCUAUUCAGUAAGCUGUGAAUCCUACUUCUGCUACUACCCUGACUGAAGACAGCGCACAUUUCUGUUACAGUCCAAGACGUUCUAACUCUAGUAUAUCAUUGUGCUGCAUUUGUUACAAGCUUGUUGUUUUUUUUUUUCAUUAAAUUCAGUAUUAUUAUUCUA